AUGAAACCAGGAGUGCCUCAAAGUCCAGCCUGGUGGUGACUGACUAGUAGAUGAGCGUGGAGCCGGCAGCAAUGGGGCCUGGAGCUUCGGGAAAUGGGGUCAGCACUGCGACAGUUCCACGCUCAGCACCGGGUCCUGGAGGCAGCCUGCAUGCCUACGACAUUGCGGUCCUGGUCGUCUACUUUGUCUUUGUCAUUGGCGUGGGGAUCUGGUCGUCCAUCCGUGCCAGCCGAGGGACCAUUGGCGGCUACUUCCUGGCGGGAAGGUCCAUAAGCUGGUGGCCAAUCGGAGCAUCUCUGAUGUCCAGCAAUGUGGGCAGCGGUCUGUUCAUCGGCCUGGCUGGGACAGGGGCCGCUGGAGGCCUUGCUGUGGGUGGCUUUGAGUGGAAUGCAACCUGGCUGCUUCUGGCCCUCGGCUGGAUCUUCGUCCCCGUGUACAUCGCAGCCGGUGUGGUCACAAUGCCACAGUACCUGAAGAAGCGAUUCGGGGGCCAGAGGAUCCAGGUGUAUAUGUCUGUCCUUUCUCUCAUCCUCUACAUCUUCACCAAGAUUUCAACUGACAUCUUCUCUGGAGCCCUCUUCAUCCAGAUGGCUUUGGGCUGGAACCUUUACCUCUCCACUGUGAUCCUGCUGGUGGUGACGGCCGUCUAUACCAUCACAGGGGGCCUCACGGCCGUGAUCUACACAGACACUCUGCAGACGGUGAUCAUGGUGGGGGGAGCCCUGGUCCUCAUGUUUCUGGGCUUUCAAGAGGUGGGCUGGUACCCAGGCCUGGAGCAGAGGUACAGGCAGGCCAUCCCUAAUGUCACAGUCCCCAACACCACCUGUCACCUCCCCCGGCCCGACGCCUUCCACAUGCUCCGGGACCCUGUGAGCGGGGACAUCCCUUGGCCAGGCCUCAUUUUCGGGCUCACGGUGCUGGCCACGUGGUGCUGGUGCACCGACCAGGUCAUUGUGCAGAGGUCUCUCUCCGCCAAGAGUCUGUCCCACGCCAAGGGGGGCUCCGUGCUGGGGGGCUACCUGAAGAUCCUUCCCAUGUUCUUUAUCGUCAUGCCUGGCAUGAUCAGCCGGGCCCUGUACCCAGAUGAAGUGGGCUGCGUGGACCCUGACAUCUGCCAAAGAAUCUGCGGGGCCCGCGUGGGAUGCUCCAACAUUGCCUACCCCAAGCUGGUCAUGGCGCUCAUGCCCAUGGGUCUGCGGGGCCUGAUGAUCGCAGUGAUCAUGGCCGCCCUCAUGAGCUCACUCACCUCCAUCUUCAACAGCAGCAGUACCCUGUUUGCCAUUGACGUGUGGCAGCACUUCCGCAGACAGGCAACAGAGCAGGAGCUGAUGGUGGUGGGCAGAGUGUUUGUGGUGUUCCUCGUCGUCAUCAGCAUCCUCUGGGUCCCCAUCAUCCAAAGCUCCAACAGCGGGCAGCUCUUCGACUACAUCCAGUCUGUCACAAGCUACCUGGCCCCACCCAUCACUGCCCUCUUCCUGCUGGCCAUCUUCUGCAAGAGGGUCACAGAGCCUGGAGCCUUUUGGGGCCUCAUAUUUGGCCUGGCAGUGGGGCUUCUGCGCAUGACCCUGGAGUUCUCGUACCCAGCCCCAGCCUGUGGGGAGGCAGACCCGAGGCCGGCCGUGCUGAAAGACUUCCACUACCUCUACUUUGCACUCCUCCUCUGUGGGCUCACGGCCAUCGUCAUCGUCACUGUCAGCCUCUGCACAGCCCCCAUCCCUGAGGAAAAGCUCGCUCGCCUGACGUGGUGGACACGGCACGGCCCUCACUCUGAGCUGAAGAGGGAGGCGCGGGAGAGCACAGCAGGGACAGCGGACGUGCCAUCUGGGGAGGGUCCUACAGGGGCCGGAGGGACAGAGAACCCCAGGCACGGCCAGGAACAGCCUGCAGCCCCACGCAGGUCCUGGGGACAGCUGCUCUGGGGCUGGCUCUGCGGGCUGUCGUGGGCCCCGGAGCAAGCACUGAGCCCUGCAGAGAAGGCCGCGCUGGAGCAGAAACUGACCAGCAUCGAGGAGGAGCCGCUCUGGAGAAGCGUCUGCAACAUCAACGCCGUCCUCCUGCUGGCCGUCAACAUCUUCCUCUGGGGCUAUUUUGCGUGACUCAGCAGGCCUGGUAUCACCCAAGGCAUCAAGUCUCCAGGCCUCGAGGAACUUAGAGGCCAGCUGGAAAGAUGUGACUUGUUGGAGACAAGAGGAAUCAAGACGGGCUGCUGGGUGCUAUGAGCAAGCCCUGCAGAGGGGCAGCACGGUCAGCCUAGGAGGCCCCACAGCUGCACCUGUGCCCCCUCCCUCUGCCUGCCAGGCAUCUGGCUACUCUGGAAAACACCAUGACCUUGCCUGGGUGUCCCUCCUCCAGGAAGCUGCCCGAUACCCACAACUGGAUCAAAGUCCCAUUCCUGCUCACACAGCCUCUGGACCUGCUUCUGCGGCAGCACCGAUCACUGCGCUGUGAGGUUUGCCUCCAGAACCAGACUGAGCACUCCAAGGGGCAGGGACCAAGGACCGCAUCCCAAGUGACUUUGUACCCAGAAAGUAACAGGUGUUGCCUUGGUAACAGUAAACGUUGAAUUGGUAAUUCUCCAAAGUCCUGGUAGGCUUUGCAUUACAGCUGGCUGGGUGGUGAGCUUGGAAACCAGUGGUGGGGAGGAAUCUCCUUCAGUCGGAGUUUACACGCUGAGUCUCAGAUGUCUAGAACAUAAACCACAGCUUCGUCCCAUUGCCAAAGUCAUCCGUGAGAUUGUCCCUUCCUUUUUCUAUCUUCCUGUCUAGGCUGUCCCUAUUCUCAUGGGACCCUCUUUAAUGCUGCCUUGGAUCAUCAUUUUAUGCUAAUCACUCAUCAUAAUUGAAUACAAAUAAAAUUCUUGUUUUGACGGUUUAAAUACAUCUGAGUCUAUGCAUACCUCCUAUUG